AGUCCCGGAUUGGGGAGGGUGGGAGUCUGGAACAGAGCUGGAGAGACCGAGUCUCAGGGAACAAAGAGCCGGAGCUGGGAGCGGUGGUCGGGGGGCUGGCGGCGUUGGCAUAGACAGGGACUUCCUGGGCAGCGCCGGGCACCGGCCAUACGAUCCCCACCGGCGGAGGAUGAGCGGGUGAAUAUCGGGGUACACUUGCCCCAGGGCUCGGUGCGGGUAACAAGCCCGGAGAAUGGGGCGGCGUGAACGAGCCUGAGGCACAGACCCCCACGGGUACCCCAUGAGAGGCGGCCCGCCGGUGUGAGCCCAGAAACAUGGCUGCUGCCAUCAGCUAUACCCCGCCAUGGUGGGUGAACCUCCUGCACCGACUCCCCCACCUCAACCUGAAAUGGGAGACCCUGAGCGGGGACUUCCAGCCGGAGGACUCCGACUACCAGCAGUCUCUGAUGCUCAUAAGCUGUGUGGCCCUCUCAUGUCUGGCUCUAGACCUCCUGUUCCUGCUCUUUUAUUCCUUCUGGUUCUGCUGCCGCCAUCGGAAGACUGAGGAGAACACGAAUGCCGAUUGUUGCUGUACGGCGUGGUGUGUUAUCAUUGCAACCCUCGUCUGCAGUGCUGGCAUUGCUGUUGGUUUCUAUGGCAAUGGAGAGACCAGCGAUGGCAUCCACAGAGUGACAUAUUCGCUGAGACAUGUCAACCGCACCGUGGCAGGAAUCCAGGAUCGGGUGUCGGAAACCACCGUAGCUCUAAACCAAACUGUGGAACCAAAUCUACUAGAACUGGAAGCCAUGUUUACAAAGCAGACCGAUUACCUUCACAUAGUUCAGAAACUUCAGGGUCUCCUGGACGUACUGGUCCAACAAACUUCUGAGAUCCCGUUCUGGAAGAAUGCCAAUAUUUCCAUGGAUGACCUAGCUGCACAGGUGGAUUUGUAUGACUGGUACAGGUGGUUGGGUUAUCUAGGCCUUCUCCUUUUCCACGUCUUCAUAUGCCUAUUGGUGCUAUUUGGCCUUAUUCGGAACUCAAAGGCCAUUCUGGCAGGUGUGUGUUUCCUUGGCGUCCUGGCUCUCAUCAUAAGCUGGGCAUCCAUGGGCCUGGAGCUAGCAGUGUCCGUGGGCUCCAGUGACUUUUGUGUGGAUCCCAACUCAUUUGUCACCAAAGUGGUAGAACAAAAAUCUGUUCUGAAUGCAGAAAUUUUAAACUAUUAUCUUUCCUGUAACCCUGGAUCUGCCAAUCCUUUCCAGCAGAUGUUAUCAAGUGGUCAUAAAGCUCUGGUGGAGAUGCAGGAUGAUGUUCUGGAUCUCUUGCGUUCAGCAGUUAAAGAUUACCCGAAGUCUGUGGACAAGCUUGUUAACAUCCAAGGAGUCCUUAACUCAACUGAGAUUAACCUGCAGCACCUCACAGCUUUGGUGGACUGCCGUGGCUUGCACUUGGACUAUGUCCAGUCUCUCACUGGCUUCUGUUAUGACGGAGUGGAGGGGCUCAUCUACCUGGUCCUUUUCUCCUUUGUCACUGCCCUGAUGUUCAGCUCCAUUGUCUGCAGCGUGCCCCACACCUGGCAGCAGAGGAGGGCCAGCUAUGAAGAGGGGGAAGAGGAGACCACCACACCGGGGACACGACAGACUCAUGAUAACCUGUACCGGGUGCACAUGCCCAGUUUGUACAGCUGUGGGAGCAGCUAUGGCAGUGAGACCAGUAUCCCAGCAGCCGCACACACAGUCAGCAAUGCACCUGUGACAGAGUACAUGAGUCAAAAUGCAAACUUCCAAAAUCCCCGCUGUGAGAACACUCCUCUUAUUGGGCGUGAAUCACCUCCUCCUUCAUUGUAUUUGGCUGCCAUGGACAGUAGCAGCCAUUUGAGCUGGCAGUUUAAACCCUCGGACAGUGCACGGACGUACUGGUAACAGCGCUCGCUAUUGGAACAGUACACGUCCAGCAUGAGAGCAAAGUAUCUGGCCACCAACCGCCCGGAAACAGACCCUGCACACUAAGUAGUCGUUCCACGAGUUGUUAGACUGAUCUCAACCUACUGUAAUUCUGAGCUCCUGCUGUGUGAGUCGGUGUGUUUUUCAGUAAAUGUUGGCAUUUGUAAACACCCCAACCUACAAACCAUGCCUUCGAACCCUGGCUCCCGUACAUGGAAAGAUAAAGGAAACAGGAGAAAUGGAACGGAAGAAGCGUCUUGUCGUGCUUAACAAAUUGUUCACCUCAAUGAGGCAUUCUUUUAUUUCGUUUAAACCCGGGAAAUCUCUCUCAAAUAAUUGUUACUAUCUGGAUGAAACACCCGGGGGGUAUCUGGGGUUUGUAACCCCUGUAUUAUUACUUUUUAUUUUAUUUUUUCUCAUGUUGCCUUUUCUAAGGAUCUAGAAGUUUGUUUUUAUUUUUUUAUUUUUUAUUUUCAAGCCAUCUGUGACUACAGUGCACCAAGUUAUGAUUUCAAAACUUCAAUGGUUUGCCAAUUUAUUAAUCGUUUGACAUUCUCUUAUCCUCCAUACAUACAGUAAAUUAAUCAAAUUUGAACGUCCGCAUUAUUUAUACACUCGCCAGUACUAUUAUGUAUGAAAUUAAACUGGGGAGGAUGUGAAAUGAGCGCUAAAUUGUUCACUGGUUUGUCCGAAGUUUUGUUAGCAGCCAUUAGUGUUUUUAUGGACAUUCCACAGUGGUAGGGUGUCUAAUCCAUUUGUUUAAAGCCCAAGGUUAGAGGAUUUGCAGUGCAACCAAUUGCCAUAGUUGAUCGACUUAACCAAUACUUUUUUUUAUCACUUUUUUGUAUUAUUCCUAUUUUUGGAAGUUAACAUCACCACUUUAUGCAUUAUUUCAGCUGUAUAGUUCUUUACAGCUUUUGUUACCCUUGCCAAAUGUUUACACCACUGUGGCCAUCGUAUGUUCCACUAAUUUUUGGCUUCCAGUGUUAAUAAUAUUCUGUAUUGAUAACCACUGUCUAAUGGUAGAGCGAUUACAGGAAAUAUCCACCAUGUGCAUUUGACAGGAAGUUUUAUACCUGCUAACUAAUUGUGGUUACUGUACUUGGCACUGCUGACCAUCUGAUUUUACUUGAUUACAUGGAUCAGGGCAGUAGUUACAAUUUAUUAGGAGAUUGUAAAUUGAUCACGUGGACUCGCGCUUUACUACUUCCUGUUACCAACGCCAUGCAUGUGCACCACUAACCAUGCGGAAAUGUAACCAUGUUUUGUAUUAUGGAGUUGUUUAGGUUGGCAUUGUAGUAUUAAAAUAUAUCACUUUAAAAAAUUUUUACUGUAUAAAGCAAGAUCUGGAGUUAUUACCUUUAUACAUUUUAUCCUUUACAUUUAUUCAGCCCCAUCUUUGCUUUCAAGAUAGGAGCAUAGAAUUGUGGAUGAAACUUUAAAAACUUCAGUGUAUGUAAUGAAUGGAGUUCUCUGUACCCUCUGAGACUGGCGUCCGAUCACCCGUCUUAUUCCGUAAGUGAGGCUUGCGAUUGCUUCACCUGUCUGUUCACAGCAUGGAUUUGGUUAGGGAAGUUUUUCUUAAUUUUAUACACAAUUCAAUAAUUUUUCUUUCCGUAAUCUUGUGGCACUCAUGGACAUAUUUGUAGUGCUGGCCCAUAACAGAACCUCGCAAUCUACAUUACAACAUCUAUAACUCGAGCAACAUCUAUCACUGGUGCUAAGGCUGUUGAGCUUAAUCUUCAACUGUUGCUGCGGCUGCCUGAUCAACGAAAACCUUGGACUAGUUGUGGAUUAUUUUAUACAGUUAUUGUAUAUCCAAUUUAUUAUAUAAUACAUAUAAAAAUAUGUCAUCAAUGUAUUGCGCUUCAGGUUUACCAUGGAAUUGGGUGGUUUUGGAGAAUAUACCACGGACUCCCUUUAAUGAUGAAAAAUAGUACAGACAACUCAAUAACAAAAGUAUCUCGAGGAAUCUUUUUUUUUUUUUUCCAAAAAGAGUCUUAACGACAGCAGUAUAUAAAACUGAGCCAUGUUGGUACAACCAAGGCCGUUGGUACAACCAAGGCCAUUACAGACUUCUUACCAUUUAAUCUACAGGACAUCAUUUUGGAAGCACAAUGCUGCUGUUGACGCCUUGAUUUUGGAUUCAGUCUUUCUCAUUCAUAUUCAAAAUUAGAGCAGCUGGAGUGGACACAAAGCUGUUCUAGAACAGACAUCUCGAAAAUGUGAAAUGUAAAUAGCAUGUUUGGGCUUUGUGCUCAGUGUAAAAGACUGCCUUGUAUUUGUAAAAGCAAACCAACUCAAGACUAUGAUCUUGAGCAUAUUACUGUAGUGUUUGUAUCCUGUGAGUGAUAGUAAUAGGUUCACCUUGCUUGCCAUUCAAAGGGCCACAGGCUUAUGUCUGGUCUUUACAGAUUUUUCUUGUAGGUUCUUGUAACAUGCAUUAGAAAGAGUCACAAAUUUGUGGGGUCCCUACCGUGUAGAUCGGGCAAAUGCAGCCUUUGGCUGCUGUAGACAUAGGCGGAUUACAUUCUCACUUGCUGCAAUCUAGAAUUGUUAGCUACUCUAGGGAAUGGAUGGGAGACAAUAGAAGAUACACUUCCAUGUUCCAUUGUCUGUUCUGUAGAAAGCCAAUGCUUAUUGGCUAUGUGAUGACUUGGUGAUCCCUUAUUUGCACAAGUCUCUCCAUAACCCAUCCUCCACCAAGUGGACAACACAGGUGGAUCAUAACCUGUGUACAGUCAUACCCUACCCUGCUGACCAGAUUCAUGCAUGAUGCCUCUCUAUUCUGUACCCCUGGACUAAUUUUUAGGACUAUUAUUCUUAAAUAAAGAGAUGAGAGGAUCAGUUUUCUGAGUGCAAUGGAAAGGAUGGUCAUAUAUGUCUCACCAUAACCAAAUAUACACACCCAGAAUUGUGUAAUUGGUGGAAGGUAAAAAUACACUGUGCUUUUCAAAAGCUAAUACGUUCCUACAGAUCCGGCAACAUUUAUGUAAUUUCUUUUUAAUCCAGCUAUUUAUAUUAGAUUUUUAACAUAUCCCAGUUUGAAAUUUUAGGGUUAGUAGAACCUUGCAGAGCCUCUAUUUUGAUUUUCAAUAAUCAAAUAGUCAUAGCUAGAAACUGUGGCCAUUGUGUGGAUCCCCCACGUAGACAAUGAUCUCUGCCACGCAAUCACCUAGAAAAUUACAGAUGUUAUUUACGCUUUAAGUUGUUAAGUGUUUCAUGAAAUGCCAUACCAGUUACAAUGAAUGGGAUAAUAUGAACGUGACGGUCCUUCAUCCUACUGUAUAUAUAUAUAUAUAUUGGUGCUUUGUAAUCUUUUCAUGAUGCUCGCUAUGCAAUUCCGGACUGAUUUUCCAGAGUAGUAGAGUUGGCUGUACACAUGUACUUUUUACACUUACCCGGUCAUUAUUACCAAAUCAUGUGGUCUCGUUAUUGUGCUAUGCCUGAUCAGCCUCCUCAUGAACCAGUUCUAAAGAGAAAUGAUGUGUGAUCUGUUUGCUCCAAACCUUUGCACACAAUUUUACAUAUUAUGUAAUAUUCUUUUUUUUUUAAUGUGAAAACAUAGUUAACCACUUGGCAACUGCUAUGUAUCCUGUAUGUAUACUAUGUAUCCAUUGCGUUACUCCUAACUGGGUGUCCACUCUAAAGCCACUAAUUGUUCCCGUGUGGUCACCUAAGUGGAUGGUGGUGUGUAAAGUGACCUGCAUUGUGAAAAUGGGGUUGUGUAUAAAGUGACCUGCAUAUUUUCAUACUUAUGCAAUAGGACUGUUUUGUCUUAUUUUUAUUUUUGUUUUCUUUUAGUCAUCUUUCCAUGUAUGUGUCCUUGCCAGUGCACCCAUACAUGUGACCAGUAAGUGGGCAUAGAUUUAGAAGUUGUUUUUUUUUCUUUUUCACUCGUCCAAUCAAUCAAGAUAUAUCAAUAUAUCCCUGUUUCUUUCAAUUAACAUAGAUUUCAAAGGAGGAGAAAGAUUCUGUUUGCAGGAAGACUUAUUUUUGUUGCCUUUGUAUAUACAUGAGUAGAUUAGAUCUGUGCACUAGCAGAUCUGUGUCAUAUUCAAGGACAUUGAAAGCAAACCAACCUGCCUAGAAUUACCAGAUGAUACAGAUCACUGUUACAAUGUUUCAGUGACACUUAACCUGGCCACCAAUAGUGCAAUCUACUAAUUUGGCCAGAUGCCGCUUCUUACCAGAAAUCAUUGAUCCGUUCCACCUAGGACACUUACACAGCCAAAUUGACCAUACACAUCUGUGUUCGGAAGUAGUCAAAUUUAAGCCUGUUUUUAUUGCAUUUAUACGUAAUUUAAAGUGAAAAUUAUUUUAUAUGGGAUCUAUUCCUUUUUUAACAAACUUGCUGGUUUAAGUGCAUGCAAAAUAAUAGUAUCCUUUUACACAGCUACCUUUUUUAAUAAAAAUAAAUAAAUCCUGCGAUAAUAAAGUACACUGUCCAAUAAUCUGAUUGGAUGACUCCUAGAUAAUCGGAGAGCGAGUGACUCCUGUUAGUGGAAACCAGAAUGGUCCUGCCCCAUCUCUCUCUCUGGCAGGGGUACCUGGACUGGUUUUCAUUAAAUGUAAAUAAGUUGGACUUUAAUCUGGUUUUAGGGGAAGCUAUGUACAUGCGUGGUUAAUAUAUUUCCUGUUGCAUGUUAAAGUAUUCCUGACGUGCCAGCAGAUGUCGUUUAAAAUAGAAAUAAUCUUCCCAAAAAAAAAGCUUUUGGUGGCUAUUUUUUUUUUUUUUUAUGUUGUGUGGUUUUUUUUGUUUGUUUUUGUUUUAAUCUGCUAACCGAUCUACUUCAGAAAGAAAGACCAUUCUGCCAAAUGUAUAACAGCAUAAAUUCUAAAGGUGGCCAUCCACUACUCAGACUUGUCUGAACUGCAGAUCUCAUCAGAUUUCUCUUGAGCUCUCCCGGGAGCUUCCCGGGAAACGGAUCUGACCCUGGGCUUAAUUUUCACUACAUUCACUUCAGAUAUAUCUGAUGCGAUCUAUCAUGUGCCAGAUCGCAUCAGAUAUAUCUGAUGCACACAUGCUACAUGCGAUUUAUCUGAUGCUGCUGCUGCCGCUGUUCCCCCUCUUGGUGGGUGGGAGUGGUCAGCGAGAUGCCAGUCAAGUGACGCUUCAGAUGAAUCUGAUCAGAUACAUCUGAAGUAAAAAAAACAAUCCGAUGUGCACCUGUUUUCUUCAGAUUCAGAUAAAUAGUUGGGGCAGCCUCAGAGAUCUGUAGUUCAGACAUAUCUGACACGGGAGUGCGCAUCGGAUCGGAAGAGCCAUCCGAUGUGACACUUUUCUUCAGAUAUGACGGUCAGAUGUGUCGAAAUCUGAAGAAAACUGCCCAAAUCGGACUAGUGGAUGGGGACCUUUAUUGUUUUCUUAAAUGUAUUCUUGCAGAAAAAGCAUCUGUCCUAUUGCAUACAAUUCUAAAUAUAUAUUUUUAACAUAGUUGCUAAUUUCGUUUAUAUUUCCCUUCACUUAAGCCAAUAUUUUAAUUACAUUUUUUUUUUGCACAUUGAUGUAUGGACCUGUUUCUUUCCUAUCUGUAUUUUGCUAGUAUCCUCUGUUAUAAUAUAACCCAUUCUGUGACAUGUGGAAUGGUUCAUAGCUAUUUUUAAUGUGCUUUGUUUUGCAAACAAAAACUUUAAAACGAAUCAUUAAUGUAAUUUCUGUGGUUACCAUUCAACUUGGGUAUCAUGUUUUAAAAUAAAAAGUUUGAAACAAUAAAAA